AUGAAUAAAUCAAUCUGUUCUAUUCAUGAUCAAGAAGAAGAAAAAUAUAUAUGUGUUCAUCCUCAUUGUAUCAAAAAGGUAGAUAAUAAAUUAAGUUGUAUUUAAUGCUUCUCCAAUAAACACAAAAAAAUAAAAUUAGAAAAGCAUUAAUUUAUCAACUUGUCAGAACUUGAAUAAAAAGCCAUUGAUAAUUACAAUAACUUGAAGAGACAACUCAACGAUGAAAUUUAGAAGAACUAAUAGUUAAAUACAAUAAUAUAGGAACGAUUAGCAGCUGUUUUACUUUCUCUUAGUACUUGGUAAAAUAAUCAAAAAAAAAUGUUCAAUGAUAUAGCUGAGAAUUCCAGCUAAGUUUUAACUGAAAAUAUAUUAAAGGCUGAUAGUCUUAUGAAAAAUCCAUCAUUAGAUACAUUUAUUUAUUUUUUUAAUUUUAAAAUAUUAGAAAAAGAGAAAGAAAAUUAAGAUAUUAGAGAAUAUUCGAUGAGAUAAUUAGAAUAUUCAUUAAAGUAAAUUGAAGAAAAGAGAGAUAUAUUAAUAAAUUAACAAACUUUUAUAUAAAGAGAGCAAUUUCUAAAAUUUUCUUUCAUAAAUUAUUAGAUAGAAUCUGAUAAUCUUAAAGAAUAUUAAUUUGAGAAGUGUUAAAAGCAUUUAAGUAAAUAGAAAAUGUUAUGUACUCAUCCAAAUUGUUUAGAGAAAAAUUCAUAUUAAUUAUAGUGUAUACAUUGUAUUUCAGAAGAACAUAAAGAACAUUAAUUAGGAACAUAUAUUAAGAAUAUUGCUAUAAUUUAGAAAGAAUAAGCAGAAAAACUAGAAUAAAUUGAAUAACUAAAAAAGAAAUAUAGUAUUGAUAUAAAACAAUCAAUUGAUAAAAAUUUAUCAAAGAUUAAUGAAAUCUAAAAAGAUUACUAUUAAAAUUAUGAAAAACAAAAAGAAAAAGCAAUAUUUUUAGAGUAAUACUAAUUAAAUCAAUUUUCAAACCCUAAUACUCCUAAUUAUAUUUUUGGUAAUAUAGAUACACACCUACUUAAAACAACUAAAGAUUAAAUUAAUUUAUACUACUAAUAGCUAUAUUAUAAUUUUGAAAUUAAAUUUUAAACUAUAUUUUUCAAUUAAGUUAAUGACGACAUAAAAUUUUGUACUGAAUUAGAUUUUAACUCAAAAUAAUUCUUUUAAUAUGUUAUUAAUUUAGAAUAAGAACUUGAAUUAUGUAAAAUAUAACUUCAAGAAUAUAAAAAGUAAAUUGAAGAGUAUAAUUAGAAUUCUAACUAAAUUGAAUUGCAAAUGAAGACACAAAGUGCUUACAUUAUUAAUUUAUAAUCAAGUAUAUCUAGUUUAGAAUUACUUACUCAAUCAAAUUUAAUAUAAUAAAAUGCUUCCAUUAAUUAAUUACAAUCCAAUCUUGAAUAUAAAAUUUCUCAAUAGUUUUAAUACAUUAUAGGUAAUUCAAAAUUAUAAAAUGUUACCAUUAAUAAUUUACAAUCGGAUCUUGAAAAAUCAAUUGGACUUUUAUAAUAACUUAUAAAAAGCAAUUAAGAAUAAGAAAAUGCUUCAAUUAAUUCACUAUUAGAACAUGAAAAAGAUAUUUCUAAUUUGUUAUCAUUAAAUUCAAACCAUUAAAAAAAAUUAGAAAAAAUCUCUGAUUAAUUAAAAUUGAGUCUUGAGAAAGAUAUUGCACUACCUUUGAAAUAACUUACUCAAAGCAAUAUAUAAUAAGAAAAGGAGAUUUCUGAAUUAAAGACUUCACUAAGAAACUAAGAAAAAGAAGUUCAAAAUAUAUUAGGCCGUAAAUAGUUUUUUUUCUUUAUAUUUCCUAUUAUUUUAGUUAUCAUCUAAUACAUGAUAAGUCAUUCUAAAAAAUGA